UUCAAUAUCGAAUUUGUUUUCUCUCACGCAACAGCUCGUCAGAAAAAAUUUUUCAUUUUUUAUCUAAUUUCACAAUUAAAAAGCAAUUAAUACAAAUUAUCUAAUUUAAAUUAAUUUGGUGUUUAAAGAAUACAAAUUCUUUGAAUAAAGAACAAAAAAAAAAAAAACAUAAAAAAAUGACGAUCCUAACAAAACCGUCAAAUGAAAAGAAAUCUGAAAAAGUUCCCCUGCCAUUGGGUGGAUUGGUUGUUGCCAGCGAUGGCCAACCCUUACCAAGUGCGCCUUUGGCACCAUUAAAUGGAGAACCUGAUGCCGAAUCUAUGGUUUUUAAUCGUCGCCACAUCUCAGCAUCGACGACAAUUUUCCUGUUCCUUUCUGCAUUGGCUGUAAUGCUUGUUGGUAUUCUUGGUGGUGUAGCCAUUUAUGGAAUGUAUGCACCAGCUCAGCGAAGCCUUCAUUAUCGCGGCACAUGUGACAUCCCAUAUUAUCCAAGACAAAAUAUGUCCAUUGCUCGAUUGUAUGCUCAUCCAGAAUUAAUUCAAAUGAGUGAUCUUCGCAACCUAUUCCCCAUUUCAAACGAAUCAUAUUCAUUGAGUGAGUUUUUGCCUAAUGAUGACUUUUUCCGUGAAGACAUCGAACUUGAUUUAACCGAUGAUGAGAGCUAUUCUAAAAUCGAUGUACCCGAUUUUAAGGAUGGUCGUCGUGGACGCUUUAUGCAUGAUUUCAAGGAAAAUCAAUCAGCUAUAAUUGAUACUUCAGCAAAUAGGUGCUUUGUUAUGCCAUUGGAUAGAGAAACAACUUUGCCACCAAAGAAUUUCUUUGAUUUAAUGCAAAAAAUGGGAGCUGGCUAUUAUAAUAUCGAUACUGAUCGCAUACGCAUGAAUAUGCGUGUUGUUACACCCGAAUUAACCGAUAUGACUUUGAUCUCACAAAGAAUUGCAAACGAGUGCUAUGAUAUGAAAGUGUACCUUUUGGAAAGAUACAUUUCUGGAGUGUUUAAACGUGAAGCCAGACUUUUGUCGGAUUCAGGAAAAUUCGCUGAAUUCUCUGGCAAGAAAAUUGUCUAUUUCAAUUUAAUGAAUAUUGAUGACAUUGAAGGCUACGAGGCGAAACAAAAAAAGUAAU